UACAGUUGUCGGAAAAUCGUGCGUGUUUUUUUUAAUAAAUUAUAUCUUCAUCUCUGCCUCCCCCACCCUUAAACUUGAAGCGAGAUGUUGAAUUUAAUCUAAAUACGACGCUUAAGAAACACCCUCUUACCGCCUUUAAGUGGAUACCAAAGCUUAUCGCAGUGCCUAAAAUUUGUGAAAGCGGCAGUAAAUACUUUGUGUGAUUCAAUUAAAAUCGUUAAGUUAUUUGAUUUUUGUUUGGUCCAUAUUUUGAUGAAUACUCCUAUGUUAUUGCCCUCGGUCACUCGUGCGCGUAGUGUGCAUACAUACAAUCGCACCCACGUACAUGUCGCGCUAUGCUGGUUUUCGGAUUCAACUCCUUUCUAUGCAUAUUAAAAUAAUUAUCGAUUAAAUAAACUGCUGGCCACUGUGAAAGUGAGCAACCUAGGCUCGCAUACAUAGAAAUCGGCCUUACUCAAUUCACCCAAACUGUGUACGCACUUUGAAUACCAUUUUUGUGGACGGUAUGGAUUUCACCAAAUUCAUGAAUAAAUUUAAUGAAAUUGAACGUUCGCUUUCACCAACCUCUGCGUUGCGUUUAAGUUUUGACAACAUUUCUCCGGAAAGCGAAGAGCCUGAUGCUAAUAAACGCCUCUGGGGCGUGCCAGUGCCUCCAUUUGUGUCUGAUAAAGUUGUUUCGUGGAUUGAAGAAGAGUUUAAUGAGCCGCCAAUCUUUUAUAAUGGCAAUGCAGUGAUACGAAAGGUUGAAAAUGUGCGAAUGAUUGAUCGGUACAAUGCCAAAAAUCCUACAGUUGGAACCCUAUAUUUGACGGCUACACAUUUAAUUUUUGUUGAACCGGAUAGCAACAAGGAAACAUGGAUAUUGCAUAUGCACGUCGCAAACAUAGAGAAAUUACCGUUAAGCACAACUGGUUCUCCACUAUUGAUACGUUGUAAAACUUUCCUAUCAGUUACAUUCGUAAUUCCAAAGGAUUCCGAGUGUCACGAUGUGUACACCUCACUAAUGAAGCUUUAUCAACCAGUUUCCAUUAACAAGUUAUACUGCUUCAACUACCAGCCAGCCAAGGAUGACUUCCCAAAGUCAUCAGGCUGGGAUUUCUUCAAGUUGGAAAAUGAGUUCCGGCGUAUGCGAGUGCCAAACGACAUUUGGACAUUAUGCACUUUGAAUAUGAACUACGAGUUAUGUGAUACGUAUCCCCGGCAAAUUUAUGUGCCACAAGAAGCCAACACAGCUAUGUUGAUUGGUAGUUCACGCUUUCGAUCCAAAGGCCGCCUACCAGCGCUUACCUACUUGCACUCGAAUAAGGCUUCAAUCUGUCGCUGUAGUCAGCCAUUGUCGGGCUUCAGUGCGCGCUGUUUGGAAGAUGAGCAGAUGCUGGAAGCUAUACGCAAAACGAACCCCAACACCGACUAUAUGUACGUUGUGGACACUCGACCGAGGAUUAAUGCUAUGGCCAACCGCGCUGCGGGCAAAGGUUAUGAAAACGAAGCUUUUUAUGAGAACAUCAAAUUCCAUUUUCUGGGUAUAGAAAAUAUACACGUGCAACGCACCAGUUUGCAAAAGUUAAUUGAAGCAUGCGAACAAAAGACACCCACAAUGAGUGGAUUCCUAAACUCAUUGGAAUCAUCUGGCUGGUUGAAAAAUAUUCGUUCUAUUUUGGAUACAUCCAGCUUCAUUGCAAGUGCUGUGGACAAAGGUGUAUCGGUGGUGGUGCACUGUUCGGACGGAUGGGAUCGUACAGCGCAAGUGUGCUCACUGGCUGCACUAAUGUUGGACCCUUAUUACAGAACCAUCAAAGGAUUUCAGGCUUUGAUUGAAAAAGACUGGCUGGCAUUUGGUCACAAAUUCAGCGAACGCUGUGGUCACGUGCAAACCGAUCCGCGUGAGGUCUCACCGAUAUUCACACAGUUUCUGGAUUGCACUUGGCAGUUGAUGACGCAACGCAGUGAUGCUUUUGAAUUCAAUGAACGUUUCCUGCUUAUUCUGCACGAUCACGUGCAUUCGUGCCAGUUUGGCACCUUUGUGGGCAACUGUGAGAAGGAUCGGCUGGAUUUGAAGCUUUCUGAACGCACAUUUUCUUUGUGGGGUUUCAUGGCCAAUCACUUGAAUGAAUAUAUCAACCCGCUGUAUAAGCCAGAUGUUGAUGAAACAAUCAAAGCCAAUCUGGCGCCGCAAUGCAUUAAAUUUUGGCGUGGUAUGUUUAGUCGGUUCGAAAGCGGCGUUCAUCCACGUGAACCGCUUAGCGACUUACUGCUUGUUAGUAAGGAUCAUUGCACCUCGUUGGAGGAUCAUGUGCAGCAUUUAACGAAGCGCAUUGCAAGCUUCAAAAACUAUAUUUCCAAAUCAGCAAGGAAAUUACAAGAUGCCACCGCUAAAACCUACAAGGAGCCUGCACCACCAGAGAUCAAUGACAACAAGUACAAUUACGAUAAGAAGAUGAGCGAACUUUCUUCUGCGGACGAUGAUCAUCCACUCAAACCAGCAGAAAUGUCAUUUGCGAACCUUUCGUUGAACGAACGCAUUGAUGCCACAAGUAUUAGAGAGGAAAUUAAUUCCGUAGCUGUUGAUUGGAAAUCGAUGCGCAACGUGACAGCCUGUUCAUGCUCAACACCAUUUGAUCAAUUCAGCAAGAAGACCCAUUGCUGGAAGUGCGGCGACAUUUUUUGUGAACGCUGCAUCGACAAAAGUAUUCCGUUGCCGGGGCAGGACAGCGGCAAGCCAGUGCCAGUGUGUCGUGCUUGCUUUCGACUCGUACAAAAGACCAGCCCAUGAAUGCGCAACUCCGUGAGUGACUGCAAGGGCGAGCUGUAAAGAAACAAAAAUUCCUCGGGUGUGUUGCAUAGUGAAUGUUGCUUUUUGGUCAAGUCUGCAAAUCUGCUGCUGUGUUUAGCUUAGUGUAAGAGUGCAUGUGGUCUAGAAAUCUAAUCUAAAGCGUUAAGCAAUUCAUUUGUAUGCAAAGCGUGAAAGUGCAAGCAGAUUUAGCAAAAUGAAAAAAGUUAAAUUAAUGAGGAACGCCUAAAUAGCAUUGAAAGUAAAAAAAAAGAAAAGAAACGAAAAAAAAAUAAAUUAAUUAAAUAACAAAUAUGAGUGGCGAGGCGUUAUAUUAAAAUUUGAAAAUUUGUUGCAUUUCUAGAUUAUCUAAAAAUCUCAAAACUACAGAUGUAUACAUAAACAUACAAAAAAUUGAAAAACAAA